UUGUUUCACCUUACUACACAACAUGGCGGCUUGCUUCACUCUCCGGUCCUCCAUGCUCCGCAGGGCGCUGCGAGAGGCUCUCAGCCUGCACGUCCGGACACCGGGACCUCCUGCCGCCGCUGUCGGGCUCAGGUUCGUUUGUAACGCUGCUCCAGAAGAAAAGAAGACGGCGAUAUUAGAGUCCACGGAGGAAUACAAGUUCGUGGAGCGGCUCAUCCCACCAUCGCGGGUCCCCGCUCCGCCUAAACACACCGGUCCUGCCCCGUCUGGUUGGACCCCUCCUGCAGAUUCACCGCCGCCUUUGCCGUACAUGAUCCGCCGCUCCCGCAUGCACAACAUCCCGGUUUACACCGACCUGACCCACGGCAGCCGCAAGACAACUCUCGUACGAAAAGUGGAGGGGGACAUUUGGGCUCUGGAGAAGGACGUGAAGCAGUUCCUGAUGGAGGUGACGGGGAAAGAGCUGCCCACACAGGUCAAUGAGGUCACCAUGACCCUGAAGGUCAAAGGUCACUUUGAUAAGGAGCUGAAGGACUGGUUGGCCAGCAAAGGAUUCUGACCUGGAGGUGGUGAGGCGGCGCUGACCUCACAGGACCGUCCCAGCAUCAGAGAGCUGUCCGUGUGGAGGUGGAGAGGACGACUCAGGAUCUGCUGUCAUGUCCAAACCUUCACACACUGUCUUACAGUGUUUUAAAAGCUGUUUGAAUCCACAUGGAAGGACAGCCUUUGAUCACUGACUCUUUAAUGAACUCUUUCACCACAGAGACAUGUUGAAUCUAUGGGAUCAUAUGGUGUCAAACUGUGUACAUACUUGUAUGUAAUGAAUGUAACAUUAAAUGUCAAAGCUCAGCUCACUGUGUGUUGUUAUUGCUCCAGUGUCAGAGCAGCAGGGAAAGAUGUUCACACCACACCAGCUUUGUUUCACCUGAUACCCAAAGGUUUUUAGAUCGUUCUAUAAAACUGUCGUUAGUGCUGAGGUGAUUUACCUAUUCAGUGAAUCAGAUGUGUGAUGUAAACAAAUAGCUUUAUAUUCCAUUUUAAAGCAACAAAGCAGCAAAUCCUCACAUGGGCAAAGCC